GCGCGCGGCUCCCGUUGCCGCACUUUCACUCUCGGUCCACCUCGGUGUCCUCCUGCUGUCCAGCCCUGCAGCCUCCAGCGCGCCCUCCCGCCCACGCCAUGGAUGCCAAGGUCGUCGCCGUGCUGGCCCUGGUGCUGGCCGCGCUCUGCAUCAGUGACGGGAAGCCUGUCAGCCUGAGCUACAGAUGCCCAUGCCGAUUCUUCGAGAGCCAUGUCUCCAGAUCCAACGUCAAACAUCUGAAAAUCCUCAACACUCCAAACUGUGCCCUUCAGAUUGUUGCAAGACUGAAGAGCAACAACAGACAAGUGUGCAUUGACCCGAAAUUAAAGUGGAUUCAGGAGUACCUGGAGAAAGCUUUAAACAAGAGGCUCAAGAUGUGAGAGGCGUGGGUCAGACGCCUGAGGAGCUUACAGAAGGAGCCUAGGUCUGAAGUCAGUGUUAGGGAAGGGCCCGGCAGCCACUUCCUCUGCUCCUGAGCAGGGCUGAAGCCAUUUCCGAGGGACUUGCUUUGCACGAUUUGCUGUAUUUUCACAAUUUGAUUAUGUAGCAAGAUACAUGGUGUUUAUUUCAUUUAGUCUGAUUAUCCAGUGUCAUUGGUGACAGGCCAAAGCCACUAUAUUAUUUCCUUUGUUAUUGUAUCUUUGCCAUGGAGGAUCUUCUCUGAAUAAGGGCUCCCCAGGUUUGUCUUUUGGAGCUGAGACAGGAGGGGCACCCUUCUUCUUAAUGGGAACUGGGUGCCCCCACCCCAGAGACUGCAGGGCUUUCCCAAGCUAAGGCAGGAGAGUGAGGCCAGGAGGAGUGAGCUCCGCCCUCAUCCCAUGCAUCCUAUGCUCUCCUUCUUCAUCCCGUCAUGCUCAUCACUCUCCCUCAUCCAUCACCAUGUGUCUCCAAGACUGUCUCCGUGACCCUGAGAAAGGACUCUUGCAAGGUGAACUCUUUUAUUCAAAUGGGACAGCAAGUAAGAAAGGAGAAUGUCUGGUGUUCACCGAAACCCCUGUGCACAUGUAUGUCUUGUUUGGAAUAUUGUCUGUUCCGUCCCCUGCUUUUGUUCAAAGUCCAUGUUGUCACCCAUGACCAAUGUCUCUCGUUCGUGCACUGUCUCUAAUCUAAAUGCAAAGGCUGAGUACGAGGAGCUGGCCCUGAGGUCCAGGCUGUGGUUGGUCAUGGAGGUAAACAGCCUCGCAGCAUUAUGUUGGACACACGACGCCAAACAAAGCAAGGUGGUUUAGCACCAGCACUUAGCUCUGAGGACUGUUAAGCCUCAUAUUUUCAUAACUGUCACCUUAAAACUGUGGUGGCAUCAAACGCAGCAUUCUAUUGAGGAAUAAUAGUGCUCGAUUCUUUUCCAUUAUUAUUUUUUAAAGUCAACGAAUCAAAGAUUCAACCCUAGAUCGAUCUUCCUCACCACUGUCCUGGUAGCCGCCGGGCACCUUUGCUGCCACAGAUGACCACUGUGCCCCUUUCCUUGGGACAGCCUAACAGGUGGUGUUGGUGCUGCAGCUUGAGUGUGGCCCUGGAAGUGUUUCGUCUUCUGCAGUUUUUAUGCAGUCAAGCUCAUUAAAAUUUUUCAGAUGAAACAGAUGUGGGAAGAAGAGAAGGGGAAGGGAGGGGGCUUCCUUGUCCCGUUGAAUGGACACCCAAGUAAGAUGGGGGAAGUAAGGGAAUUAUCAAAAACAGAUGCUUGAGAGUAAAUAAUCUGUAGAAUUGUUACGUUAGCAAUGUCUGCCGGGAGGAGCAUUUCUGUCAAUAGUCCUUUAAAUUGACUUCACAGAAGAAGGAAAAUCCAUCCAGCAAGAUUUUGAUCAAACUGGAACAAAAACUAAAAUGGUUAAGCCGGUUGGGAUGAGGGGCAUGCGGCUAAGUGCCGAGAAGGACCCUCAUAGGGGUACGGACUUGUUCUGAGCCCCCUUGAAAUGACCAUGCCGUGCCCCUGGACCAGAUACCACACCACUACAAUGUUAGGGCAGCAGCCACUUUGCCUCUAACCCAGGGUUUUGAGGAUGCUGCUGGGAAGCAAGCGCAGCCCUUCAUUUUCACUAUAGUGACAGAUCCUUUCUAAAAGAUGAGGGUGCAAACUGUAGGGAGACUUUAUUUGUGUUCCGCUAACCUCAGUUUCUGACUGGAGGCAGCCUGCCUAAAGCAAAUACGCAUUUCAAUAGUACAUUUACAUAGGAAAAGUCUCUCCCCACCUCAAUCCCCCAUCCCUUGGCUUUCAAAACACAAGCCCAGCACGUCAGCAUCUGCUGUUGACUGGGGACACCUAGCUGUCCCUGGCUGGAACUCACGCCCUCCACGUCCCCGUCUUCCCUUGGGCACUAAGUAACCUGCCAGCCAGCCCGCCCCUCUAUUACCAGCCUUUGCAUUUGGAUAGGGAAUGGGGGUGGGAGACUUACAGUCUGCUUUGUGUUGAAGCCCAGAUUUGUGCCUUGUGAUGUUUACACUGUGCUGCUGCUGGCUCCCAAGGACAAAGGGUCUCCAACCAGAAAGUGGGGGCAGAGUCAUCUGGCUCUUUGUUCAGCUUUGAGAGAGGGUCACAAGAGCAGAAAGUUGCCUUCCUCCUUGGGACCUGGCCUGGGAUGGUAGGCCUCUCCAGUGGGUUCUGUUUAUCUUCUCACUUGUGAUUUCCUCAUCCAUCCGUGGUGUCACCAGGAGCCUCCUCCCAGGGGCCAGUCACCCUCUCCAGGUAAAGCACCCCUUUCCAGCUUGAUGAGAGCCGGGGAGCUGUUCCCUUACACAGCUUCCCUGCUCCAUCUUAAGGUAAAUAAUCUCACUCCUCAAAAUGUUCCAUAGAAACCUCCAAAGUCCCCAGGAGACUCCGGUCAUUGCCAAGGUCACAGAACCAGCCAGCCAAGUGAUUGCCAACCUGGAUGGGCUGGCAGUGCCCGAGCAGCGAUGGGUUCCGUGUUGCAUGUGGUGAAUGCUGUGUUUUGUUUCAGUUGUGUCUCCCAGAUAAUGUGAAAAUGGCCCAGGAGAAGGCAGCUUCCUAUGUGCAGUGUGUGCUUUUUUUAUUCUCAUCUCUAAUAUAUGACAGUUAUUUGAGAAGCCAUUUCUACUUGGAAGUCAUAUCAGUGAAAGUGAUGUACCUUCACCUAUAAUCUCCCUAAUAAACAUCUGUAUUUAAAUACA